CUAUAUAUCAGCCUCAUGACAUGUAAGUUCGCAGAUAAACCCAUUAAUAGUUCUAUACCCCAUUUUCAUCCCGGCCCCUGUGAGUGUAGCGCUCUCGUCCCGCUGGCGUUGGCGGCGCUGGGCGCGGGUUGCAGCGGGCGUCGUGUGGCGGCGCAGCGAUCGUCCUCCCUCUUCUCCCCGCGUGUCGGGAAGCACACGGUGAGCCCCUCUCUCCCUGGUUUCUUGCGCUUGGCGGGCCUUAAGUCCUUGCUGGUGGUUGCUGAAGAUCGUGGCAAAAUGGCGAUCCAACCACUUAAAAAGCCGAGGAUUAUCAAAAAGCGGACAAAGCGGUUCAUCCGCCACCAGAGCGACCGCUUCGUCAAAGUAAAGGCCAACUGGAGGAAGCCCAAGGGUAUUGAUAACCGUGUGAGGCGUCGCUUCAAGGGCCAGUAUCUUAUGCCCAACAUUGGUUAUGGUUCAGCCAAAAGGACCAAGCACAUGCUUCCCAAUGGUUUCAAGAAGGUUCUGAUCCACAAUGUCCGAGAGUUGGAAGUUUUAAUGAUGCAGCACCGCACCUUCUGCGGCGAAAUUGCCCAUGGUGUUUCCUCCAGGAAGCGCAAGGAUAUUGUUGAAAGGGCCAACCAGCUCUCAAUCCGCCUCACCAAUGGUUCCGCAAGACUGCGCACGGAAGAAUCCACGUAGAUCAAUAAAUUGUGGUUGUAA